AUGGGCUAAUCAAAUAGUUCUCACUCGAAGUCUGAGGUUCGAAAAAAUAGCCGCAAACAUCGAGAAGAGGAUCCUAAACCCUUAAAAACUUUUUCAUGCCUCGCCCCAAGUCAAAAUGAACAUUCCAAAUCAAGAUCAAAGAAAAGACUGAGAAGCAAGUAAGGGGAUGAUAAAGAUGACUAUGUAAAAAUCCUGAGGGUAGAGAAGAAAGAAUAGUAGAAUAAACCUGAUAUACCUAAGCAUCCUAAUAUGAAAGAUUCAUUGGUAUCUUCAAGAAAUAAUAAAGAAUCCAUGCAAUCAACAAACAGCUCAAGAACAGCCUUAAAUGUCUAGCGAUAUAAAGAAUCUGGUGACAAGCAAGACAGGUAGAAUACCAAAAAUAAUGGGAAGAAAGAAAAAGAAUAAGUUAAGAAAUCUAAUAAAACACUUUUUGGGAGUUCUGACUCUCGUAAGGAUUACAAAAAUCCUAACUGCUGCCACUCAUGUUCUCUAAAAAAUCCAUUCAAAUGUUGGAGAAAAUUUAUUAAAGAAGAGCUGAGUAGAAAAGAUGAAUUCUAAUAAUGCAAAUGGAAAAGAUAUGUGCUGCACCAAGUAGAAACUGGAAUGGAAGAUAAGUAUGAAAAUCAACUUAAAAGUGAGUUCUUCUAAUAAACUUCACUUAAGGAAACACAGGCAAGCAAUAGACUAGGGUCUCCCAUUAAAACAUUCAAAACUUAAGCUGGAGAUGAAAAUUAAAGUAUAUUAUCAAUGAAAUCAGAUAGUGGAUUAAGUAAAUAUUUCAACGACGAUCUAUCUGUCAGAGAAACAGGUUAGUCUGUAUUGAAAUAAUGCUCUAAUUUUCAUGAGCAAGUAUUACUAAUUAAAAAGCAUCUGCUAAACACUAGACACCCUAUCACCUUAAUAAUAAAUCUGUUUAAAGUUAAAUUUUACAGCUAAAACUUCAAUCUCUUGUAAAAGCAAAACUUUGAAGAUUCAAGAUCAUAUGAGAGUAGUAGUAGCAUAUCUACAGAAGUUAUGCAGGCUUAGAAAACUAAAAGAGAGGCAAACACUAAAAUUCUAAAAAAUUGCAACAAGCAGAUUCAUUUCUUUAUAGAUUUGAUUGUAAGAGUAGUUAUAGCCUUUUACUAACUCAGUGUAAGAUCAUAGGAUAUCAAAAGAGAUCUUAUAGUUAAUUUGGUAACUAAAUUUAUUCUGUCAGAUGAAGUUUAUUUCCUCAUGUUUAACUUAAUCUCGAUUCAUUUCUCUAAAGACCUGCAUAAACUCACAUUAGUCAUGUAAAAUAAGUAAAUCUAGCAGCAGUUUUUGAAUUUUGAAUCCUUAAAAGUAAAAAAGCAGUUCCAAUUCGAUGAGACUUUGAGAUUCCAAUAUGAAAAAUAUGAUGAUUAUCAAGAGAGUAGCUUUAUUCAGAUAGAAGGCUAGGAAUUUGCAUUUUCUUAGAUAUAAGAUGGCCCCUAUGUUGAUACAAUCUAAAACUUUCUAAAGAUUCUUUUAUUAGAAUCACCUAUGUGCAAACUAGAACAGUUAUAUUCAUCUUGCACAUAAACGUUAGUAAAUGAACUUGAAAGGUUUUGGGAGGGCCACAAUAUAACUAAGAAGGAAUUAUUUAUAGACUCUGAUACACUACAAGGGAUAUUGAUAUAUCUAGUAAGCAGAAUGAAUUAUCCUUAGAUUUGGACUGAGCUUCAUUUAAUUGAAGAGUAUAUACCUGCAGCAGUUUAAAUGUCGAACAGAGCAUUUUAUAUGGUCAUGGUUAAAGCGAGUUGUGAAUAUCUGAUAAAUCUGAAAAUUCCUAAAAAUCAGAUUUAUUAGCAACCUAAAUCUGUAAUCGAAGAAGAUGUAGAGAUUGAUAGUGAUACCGAAUAGCCUACAGCUUAAUGCUACAGCCUAAAUUAAUUCAGGUUAAAUUUCGAGGAAGUAAGAAGAAGAAAUAUAUCACUUGUGGUAUCUUAAGGUAAACACAAGAAUUGCGAUACCGAUACUUCUUCCACAAAUAACUUAUAAAGAAAAGGAGAUAAGAAUGCGACUGAUGCCUUUUUCUUUGAUGAAAAUGUGAUUCUUCAUGACGACUUGGUAGAUAGGAUCAAGAAGUCACUCAAUAGAAAUCAUAUCUACACAGUAAUUGAAGGCGAUAGAGCUAGUAAAAAUCUUCAUAGGCACUGA